GCCCUGGGUCUGGGGGCAUCACAGGCAAAGGACCAGUCCCUCUGUGGACCCUUGCUUUAGGUUGAGGGACAGGACCUCAGGUCCUAGAAGGUAAGGGUGACAGGGGGAUGACAACAGGAAAUGCGCACUCAGCUCCCCUAGGAACAUCGAGAAUGGUCCCUGAGUCUUGCCAAGAGGCUGAAGGAGCCGAGAAAGAGGCUUCCUUAUCCCUGGUGGACCAAGAGCCAGUCAAUGGCCACCUGGAGCCUCCAGCUGGCACACCCCAAGAACCAGUGGCUCCCACAUGCCCACAGGACACCAAGCCCAGCUCUCCACGGGUGGUCUUCUCUGUUAACCUGCAGUUGGCCCCUAAGUCCCUGGACCCUCGAACCCUGCAGCUGCUGUGGGGUCAGCGGGGACUAGAGAUCCAGGCCCUGCGGUGGGCCAUCCAGAACCACCGGGAUGCCCGGCAUUGCCACGUCCUGCACGAGGUGGCUGGACUUCCACCCGAGAGGAGCGCACGCAAUCGGGAAAAGUUCCUGCAGAACCAGGUCCAAAAGCUGACUCUGGAGUUGAAAGAACAGAAGGAACAGGCCCAGCUGCAGGAGAAGUCCCAGCUGGAGGAACGUCUGCUGCAGACCGUGACCACAAUGCAGCAGCUGGAGGCUGAGCUGCAGGCCUUCCAGAAAUCCUGCCUCCUGCAGCUGGCCCGCUCCUCCUGGGUGGGUCGCAUAUUACGAUCUUCCACCGGCAGUGUGGAGGUGGUAACUGCAGAAACCCUCAUGGACUUCAGUGACCUCUCUGAGAGUGAACAGGGUCCCUCCACUGGGGAGGGUUUCCGGCUGGAGGAUGUGGACUGGAACAGCAUUGCCCAGCGGUAUCCCAACCUCUUCAUCAACAUCGAGUCCAGCUCAGACCAAAAGCACCCACGACCCCUGCCACCCCCACAGUCCCCACUGUUGGACGAGUGGGGCUCGGAGCUGCACAAACAGCACGUGGAACAGCAUCUCAAGAGUGUCGAGUGGAGUUCCCUGCCAUUCGUGGGCACUAGCAGCUCGGGGGCCGCGGACUCUGACUCCAGCAGUGGCCAGCUGGCUGAGCAUUACCGCAUGCAGAAGGUGACAGGACAUCCACCCGGCACGCCAGGCCACAAUUCUUCUGAGCUGACAGAGGCACGCUUGAGGAGCCUCAGCGGGGAAAUGCAGACACAGCCUGAAGCCUCCAGGGUCCAGCCCUCCUGCUCUGGAUCUGACCCCGGGAGCUGUUCCUCUCCCAAGUGCACCCUCAGGGUGCUGCAGAAAGCCCACCAGGACCAGCCUGGCAAGACUGUCCUGAUGAAGGAGUCCUGUGCAGAUCCAGAGCACCCACAUUCCGAGCGCCAUUGGAGCCCAACGGGUUCCUGCCUGAAGAUCGUGGCUGUUAACGGCAGGGAGAGGUUUGUGCGCAUCCUCAACCAAUCGCUGGAGGAGACUGCGGACCUGGGUGGCCUGAUGCUGCAGCAGCACCUGCACGACUUCCCUGUGUGCAUGUAUCGCUUCCCGCUGGGCACGCUGCUGGCGCCGCGGCACCACGUCACGGUGCGCCCCGCUCCCUGCCAGCCCCCGUGGCCCUGGCUCAGGCCCCCACCGCUCCUCACCCACUGCCCCAUUGAUGUCCACCAGGUUUGGGGCGAGGGGCCCCGCAGCACCAAGAAGCACCUGCCCUCUUCCUUGGGCCAGGAGCCCGUGCACUUCUGCUCCAGCCGGGGAUGUGUGACUCUCCUCCUGAACCCCAAGGGCGAGGUCCUGAGCAAGCAUCAGGCCCCCCACUGCGUGUCCCCCACCUCGAGGAUCUUCGCCGACAACACCGAUUUGUCCAUAGACCGCUUCUUGCUCUCAGAGGCUGGGCAUGGGGCUGACACCUGCGAGCAGAAGCCUGGGCCUCAACACUCCCACGCGGGCAGGGUGCGGGAAGCCCGGGCCAGACGUCGGAGGCCCGGGACACGGGUCCUCUUCCCCCGGCUGAGCACCAGCAAGAUCUUCCGCCCACGGGAGGUACCAGCGCAGUCGGAGGCCGCCGAGACCCUCGCGCCGGAGCUCCUGCCCGCCAUCCCCGAGGCUGGUCUGUGCCUCGAGGACUGCCAGGCUAGGAAGGAGCACAGGGUCCGGGCUCCGCGUCCCCAGGUAUGCCGGAAGAGGGUGGACCGGAGCUGCCCGAUGGUGGCGCUGUCGGUGCAGAGCACGGCUGAGAGCAGAUACGGCUUCCGCUUCCUCCCCUGCCCGCCGGUCACCGACUGGAAAGCUCGGUUGUAGGGGGUGGAGGGCAGCGCGGGGGUGGGCACCAGGGAC